CUGUGAGUACCAAAGACCUGUUAAAACAAGGAGAGCAGCGAGAGAGGAGCACCCAAAGUGCACCUAGUAAAAUCCAACGUCGGGAAUGGCUUCAGAAAGCUGUGCAGAUCAGGACAGAAACUGGAUCUAGACUCUGCAUUGCUCCCCCUUGUGAGUAUUCUGAGGAUUUUGAAUCUGAGGAAAGUUUAGAUCUGCAGACAACUGACUGUGAAGAGAAUGAUACUUUCCAGGAACUCAGGCAAAGCUUGGAGUUUGCCAGGAGCCGAAACCAGGUGAAAGGGGACUGUUCCGAGGAUUCUGACUCCAUUGAGGAGGAGGUUCCCACUGAAGUUUCCGAGAUGAAAGAACCCGCUGAACAUCUGGGAGGGGCCGCUGAGCUGCUCCUUGCCAAAGCAGCAGCAGCUCUCCCCCCUCUGCCUGGCUCAGACUCUGCUUCGGCCGCUGAGCCUCUCGUGUUGGAGUUCAAGCCAACCUGUCCAGGCAUUAAGAAGGAGCAAAGUCUCUCUGCAAAAAGGAAGGGCACUGCUGGAACCUACCUGCCCAUCAAGCCCAUGAGUCCGGCAGCUGCAGGUCGUCGGUGCCUGGAAGAACAGGAAGGAACCACCUCUAGACCAAUAAGCCGAUCAGAAAGACCACUCUCAGCUGUUCGGAGAAACGUGUCCGAGAAGAAGGAUCCAGCACACGCUGCUUCCGUGGUCCUCAAAGCUAUGCAAGCAGAAAACGAGACGCUACAAAAGGAGCUGCUCUGUAGGCAGCUGGAGGCUUCUGCAGAGUCAGUGCUGGCUUCUGGUUCUGCAACAGUGGAUGCAGUUGUCUCCACAGCUCCGGAACAGACUGGACCUCUGGAAAACAGGCAACAGAAGAAACUUUUCAAAGCUCUGCAAAUGACUGAGACUCCGUCCGUCUGCUGUGGCCCUCCAGCUUUGGGCUUUGGACAGCAACAGCUUCCUGUUCUGGACCACGUGGGAUUGGAAAAGGAGAUCCGGGAUGCCAUCUAUAUUACUAUAGAGAUCCUGUCCAACUGGGGAGACGUGUCCCGUGUGGGUCUCACAGAAGUGGAGUUCUUUGAUUUGAAUUUUGAGAGAAUGUUUGUGUCACCUCACGAUGUGGACAUCCGACAUGCGGAUCCACCUGGAGAGCUGAGCUGCUUAGUUAACCGAAGCACAAAUGUCCCCCGAGAGCUUCUCCCCUGGUCAUGCCUCUUCCAGCCUCCAGUGCAGCUGUACUUUGUUGUCCGAAACCCCAGCCUCUCCGGAGACUUUGGCCUCUCCAGGAUCAGGAUCUGGAACUACAACUCGACCGUUGGUGGUGAUCUGAACAUUGGAGCAAGGAAUAUUAUUGUAUAUGUUGAUGGGUGUCUGAUCUUUGCUGGGGAACUGCAGAAGGGCUGCUUGGCUCAGGAUGCUGAUGGCAAUGGCUGCACUUCCAUUGAUCUCCCAACCAACCUUCCUCCAAAGGGAAAGAUAGACAAGAACUGGACUUCUGCAGACCCAAGAGAGGAGCUGGACAAGCUGCUGCUGUUCGAUUGGAAGCCUUCCGUAAAAGAAAACUGCCUUGAGGAGAAAGAGAGAGCCUGUGAUUCUGAUCUCCAACCCAGCCCAAACAUCAGCAGCCUCGUCUCACUGGAGGCUGCAAGGUGUGUCUUCCCUGGGGAUGACGGUUCCCUAAGUGAGGAAACAGAGGAACGUUCCCAGCCAGACAGUUUGAGCUCCCCUGGUAUUCUGACCCCUCCCGAGACAAAGGGGGAGAUGCAGGUUAGCUGUGGAAAGCAGAAACUGCCUCCUUUGGGAUUACAAGUCCAGCUGCCUUCAGAGAGCAUCAAGAGAGACUGUCUAAGAACACCUGAUGGGGGUCUCCGUCUCUCUCCAACUGAGGAACAUCAACCCAGCAGCGAGGCCCCAGAGGCAGGCGAGAGACCCUCAGAGGAGAGUCAGGAGUCCAUCCCUGACCUGGAUUUCUUGAAACCACUUCUUUGUAAAUACAGUGGUCCGGGUGAGCUGCUUCCCCCUGAUCGAGAUCUUGGAGAGAAGGAAGAAUUCAGCCACCCCUUCUAUAGAGAGAAAGCUGCCCUUGACCAAGAGGAGCCCUUCCCGGCCAAGGGCAGCACGAGGCCCUCGAGAGCCAAGUGGGGCACCUCGCAGGAGCACAUGCUGCAGGAAUCUUGGAAUUCGUUAUCGAAAUUCAAUCAUUCACAUCGUGGUCGAAUCUCCAAUAUGGAUUUCCAAGGUGACAUUUUUGAUGAGUUUCUCCAUCAGCAGAAAAUUAGCCGGCAAGAAGAUCAGAAGUUCAUGAUAAAGGACCAGACACGGGGGCUGCCGGUGCAGAAGAAGGCAGACAGCUGCAUAGACCUGGAAGAUGAGAGCGAAUUUAAAAUCCCCGUCUUACCGCACGGUCAGCACUUAAACAUUGACAUCAGGUCAACCUGGGGAGACAGACACUAUGUUGGUCUGAAUGGACUUGAGCUGUUUAGCUCAAAAGGUGAGCCCAUCCAGAUAGUAAAAAUCACAGCCAGCCCACCUGAUAUCAACAUCUUGCCUGCAUAUGGCAAAGACCCCAGGAUUGUAACUAAUCUCCUGGAUGGAGUGAACAGGACACAGGAUGACAUGCACCUCUGGCUGGCUCCCUUCACUCCAGGAAAGUCUCACUGUGUUUACCUGGACUUUGCAAAGCCAUGCGAGGUAGCCAUGAUUCGCAUCUGGAAUUACAACAAGUCUCGCAUCCAUUCCUUUCGGGGGGUGAAGGACCUCUCCAUUCUCCUGGAUGAACGCUGCAUUUUCCAAGGAGAAAUUGCCAAGGCUUCAGGGACACUAGCUGGAGGUCCAGAGCAAUUUGGAGACACCAUCCUGUUCACAACCGAUGAAGACAUUCUUGAGGCCAUUUACUGUUACGAUGAGUCCUGCGAGGAGGAAGUUGAAAGCAGGGGCAGCCUGGGCUACGAGGAGGAGCUGAAGAGGCCGACAACAGCGGAUGGAGAAGGGGAUGAGAGGCCCUUCACUCAGGCGGGUUCCAGGACAGAAGACAAGCCAAGUCAGGAGCAAAUUGCAGGGUCAGAUUCCCUCUCCGAGGUCGUGACAAGCAGAGAACCUGGAGUCUACUCUGGAAAAUGCCUGCUGCUGAAUUUCACUGCUUCUUGGGGCGAUUCCCAUUACCUUGGACUGACAGGGCUUGAAGUGGUCGGAAAGGAUGGCCAAGCACUCCCAUUCUCUGUGGAUCAACUCUCUGCUUCUCCUCAGGAUCUCAAUGAUCUUGUGGAGUAUGUGGACGAUUCAAGGACCUUAGAUAAGUUGAUUGAUGGAAAAAACAUCACUAUGGAAGAUAACCACAUGUGGCUCAUUCCCUUUUGCCCCGGAGAAGAUCACCUGGUAACCAUCCAUUUCACCCAAGUAGAAAAUAUUGCAGGGCUUCGCAUCUGGAAUUACAACAAAUCUCCUGAGGACACCUAUCGAGGGGCUAAGAUAGUCCACGUAUGGUUGGACGGCUGCUGCAUCUCCCCUCCAGGGGGCUUCCUUAUUCGCAAAGGACCAGGCAACUGUCACUUUGACUUUGCUCAAGAGAUCCUCUUCAUCAACUACCUUGUGGGUCCCACAGUUGCUCUGGCACGUGAACGGAGUGAAGUGAAGAAGAGGGAGCAAGGCAGCAUGGAGUACGAAGCACCACUGAUGCCGUGUGGAUUCAUCUUCCAGUUCCAGCUACUCACGAGUUGGGGUGAUCCAUAUUACAUUGGUUUAAACGGGCUGGAGCUGUAUAAUGAACACGGGGAGAAGAUUCUUUUAAAUGAGAACAACAUUGCAGCUUUUCCAGACAGUGUCAAUGUCCUGGAGGGAGUCAGCGGAGAUAUUCGAACACCAGACAAGCUCAUUGACAAUGUGAAUCACAGCAAUGAUGGAAGGCACAUGUGGCUUGCACCAAUUCUGCCAGGGCUGGUGAAUCGAGUUUACAUUAUCUUUGACUUGCCAACUACCAUUUCCAUGAUCAAGCUAUGGAACUAUGCAAAAACUCCCCAGCGAGGAGUCAAGGAAUUUGGACUCCUUGUGGAUGAUUUGCUGGUGUACAAUGGCAUUCUCGAUCUGGUGAGCCACCUGGUCCCUGGCAUUCUUCCCACCUGUGAGCCUGUCAUUCCCCACCACACCUUCCUCUUCACGGAGGACGAGAAGAUCUGCCGGCAGGAGAGGAGCACCAUGGCUAGCAACCAAAUGGAGGACCAGGAUGUGCGGCUGACGAAUGAGAGCCAGCUUAUCUCCUCCUCUUCCAGAAAGAAGCAAAAGGCAGCUGCUGAUCCAGCUCUUCGUCCUAAAACCUGCAUUCAGGACAAAGGACCAUUGCGGAGAACAAGACAUUGAGGAAAGAACAGGGGGGGGGGGGCAGUCUU